AUGAAAUGGGAUGUGGACAAAGAGUAUUCGACUAACGAACCUCAAGAAGAGGUAAAGAGAGUCAAGAGGGCUAUUGAGGGCAUGGAUGUCAAACCUAUGGAGUCUGGUAGGGUCUCCUUAACAGCAGAAGAAAAUGGGGUUGAAGGCCAUGAUCUGAACUUCAAGAGGCAGGUUAAGAAGAAGGUGAACGAUUACAAGUACAAGACCCUUUACAACGUUGGGAAAACAAAGAAUCCAUAUGCUCUCACACGUAAUAGUGUGGUGAUAGCCAUGGAAGAGGAGCUAGGGGUGGAGAUCCUUGUCAAGGGAAGUUACAAGCCAGAAGAGCUGAAUGGAGACACAGACGAUUCGGAUGGGCUGGUGUAUGAGAUCUCGGCCCCGACGCCCGAGAUCCUCCAGGAAGCAAUGUUCAAAAUUCCAUCUAUGGUCAAGACUGUGCCUGUGCUCCCAUGGACCUCGUCCAGUAUCUUGGGAAGAUAUGUCUGGAAAAACGGCACCCGGUACCAUUCGUACAGGAUUUUUGUAGAUCCUGACGAUUUAUCGGGGAAGAUGAAUGAGUUCCGCAAGGACAUAGAAGCGGUUGCAGCCGAUAAAUCGGUAGACAUUGCCAUUAGAGGAAAGUUUUCUGGGCAUGUGGAGCCAUGCUUUGGUCAGGAGGCGAAUGAGCCUCCAUAUAUUCAAAUACUAACAAAAACCAAGAAGGAAAUAAGAGAAGUAAGAAAGGCAUGCAGGGAAGUGAUCUCCAAGCACAGCGAAAUUUCUGGAUAG